AUGAGCUUCUCAAGGCGCUCAUCGUCGGCCUCGAUACCGACGGCACCAAGGACCUUCUUCACAUCCCCAGCAGAGGGGGAGGCGUUCCCACCAAUCUGGAGGAGCAGGUAUGCAGCAACCCCCCUCAAGAAGAAGAGGACGUUCCGCACGUUCUCCUACCGGGGAGUCGAGCUUGACAAGCUCCUGGACCUCGGCAACGAUGAGCUCGUUGAGCUCGUUCACGCUCGUGCCCGCCGUCGGUUCCAGCGCGGUCUGAAGCGCCGCCCCAUGGGCCUCAUCAAGAAGCUGCGCAAGGCAAAGAAGGAGGCUCUCCCGAAUGAGAAGCCCCCCGUCGUCAAGACCCACCUCCGUGACAUGAUCAUCGUCCCCGAGAUGAUUGGCAGCGUCGUUGGCAUCUACAACGGCAAGGUCUUCAACUCCGUCGAGAUCAAGCCCGAGAUGACUGGUCACUACCUCGCCGAGUUCUCGUGCUCAUACCGGCCCGUCAAGCACGGUCGCCCUGGUAUUGGUGCGACGCACUCGUCUCGUUUCAUCCCUCUCAAGUAGGCGCGGGCUGCUUUUCUUCAUGCAUCUGUUCUCUACCAUGUGCUUUUACACUCAAAAGUACUACGCAUCAUGCAAUAUAUGCCAUGUGUACUCGGAUAAAUCUUAAUGUACACAUGCGAACAGCAGCAACUAUCGCGCACAUAC